AUGAAAUUAAAAGAAAUAAUAAAACAAAAAAAGGAAAAAACUAAAAAUACUUUAUUUAUGCAACAAAUUAAGUAUCCCACAACUAUAUCAUUAUUAUCUUAUGGAACAUUUGGGAAACCUAUUAAUGGGUAUGUAGAAAUUAAUAUUCCUUUUCCAACCUUUAUUAAAAAAAUUCAAUUGGUUGUUGUUUCAUGUUUUACUGGUGUAAAACUUACUGGAGUAACACCUCCUCCAGUACCUCCUUUAACAGUUGAUUCUAAUAUCGGUCAAUGGCAACGUUUAACAAGUUAUCUUUCACCAGUCUUAACUGUGGAUUGUACAGAAGAUAUUGUAUGUGAAAGGUCUAAUUUAAAUACAUCGUUUAUAAAGGAACUUCCUCCAGGAAUUCAUCGUUUUCCAUUUUCUUUUAUUUUACCUCAAACACAUUGUCCAAUGUUAGUACUACCAAAUGAAGAAAGAAUUAGAUUUGUAUAUGAAAUUAAAGCGGUUAUAUAUACUAAAGUAAGUUCAUUUGACUCAGAUUAUUUUCCAUUGCCAAUGUUAUUUCAUACAGUUCCUCCUUUACAACUAUCUCCUUCAAAAGUUGAAACCCCUUUUGGUAAAGACUCUAAGGUUACUUUAACUAUACCAAAAACAACUUAUUUCACUGGAGAACGAAUGGACAUUACAAUGACUUUAAGUCUUGGUAAACCAAUUUAUCGAGCACAUUUAAGUUUAGUUGCAAUGUAUACCGCUCCUGGAUGCAUUCAUAGAAUAACCUUAAAUUCAACUGUUAUUCCACUAGGACCAGAGCCAAAGAGAUUUUUGAUUGAUAUCUUACCCUCAGUCCCACCAACAAUUGUAACUCAAUUCUUUAAGUUUGAACACUUUAUAUUGAUUGAAAUAUUUAAUCAAAUUGGUGCACCUUUAAAAAUAUUUAUUCCAGUUACUAUUAUUACUUCACAAGACAAUAACAUAAGAUCAUAUUAUGCAAAAGUUUGUGGUGUUAUAUUACCAUCUACUCCUUAUUUUGGUAUUCAUAAUAGACCACCACCUCCUUUCCCAUCUUCUAUUAUUGAUGGACUACAAGAAGGUGUUACUGAAUUUUCAGGAAAUGUUUGGUUAAAUCAUAUAAAACGUUGUUUACAAAGAACUAAAGAUGGAGAUCCAAUGGAUGAGGUGUAUCCAUUAUUUACUAAUUCUAUGUUACCAGAAGGAUGGAUUACUGGAAAUAGUCAUAAUGAAACAUAUUAUAUUGAUGUUAUACAUAAAACAACGUCAUGGAAAGAUCCACGAGAUAUUAAUAUGAUUAAACCACAACAUGUUUUGGCUCAUUCAAAGGGUGUAUUAAACAUUUUACCAAUUAAUGCAGAAGGAUUACCUUGUUGUAGCAAGAAACAACCUGAAGUAGUUGUGAUGGUUUUUACCGAUUUUCAAAGAGUUUUAAGAACUGAACCAGCAAAAGGUUCUGAUCCAACAUUUACUCCAAAAACACUUGCAGUUGAAUUAGACGAUUUAAGAGAAAAUGUUAAUGUAUUUUUAUAUGUCAAAGGAAAUCCUGAUAUUUAUCUUGGUAAUAUUAAUAUUGAUUUAACUUUAUUACCAUUCCCUUCAAUUAUUGAAGACUGGUUUUAUUUACAACCUAUCCCAUUUACUGAUAAUGUCACAAGUGGAAGAAUAAAACUAAGAAUUGCAUAUCUUGAACAUCCUAUGGCAUUGACUGAAGUCAAUCCAAUGAUACUUACACAUGUUUUAACAAGUCUUAAUUCUCCUUUUUUCCCAAUGACACCAAAGUAUGAAGAAGAAGUUGACAAACAACUUAAACGAAUGGAAAAUGGGUCAAUUAGAAUGAUUAAGAAAGAAGGAAACAGAAUUGUUCUAACAUGGGAAAGAAAUACUGGAGGACUUGUUGAGACUAAAUACGAAAAUAUAAAUAAAGGAAGCUUUAAAGAAAGAGUUGGUCAGUUGUUCACAGGAAAGAAAAAAGAUUCACAAGAAGAAAUACCUUUAAUUGAUGUUCCUUCACUAAAUGGAAAUUGUGCUGAGGAUUUUGAAAAGGGAAAUGAUUUGUUUGAAACAGGGUAUGUUGAUAUGGGAAAAGUUACAGAAAGUAUUAUUAAUUCUAAAGAUGAGGAAUUAAAAUUAAAGGUUUCUACAAAUACUUCUAAUUUAAAUGAUUCUAAGGAACCUAUGAUAUCUCCUGUUAUUGUUAACAACAAUGAUGAAGUAAAAGAAAUUAAAACUGUAAGCCAAAUUAAUAACCAAGAAAUAAUGACAUACCCUAUUCUUGAUGACAUUGAUAAAGGCUGUCAAGACAAUAAUAAUGAAGAAAUACAAAAAGGACCAAUUGUCCAAGAAAAUUUAUUAGAUUUAAAUGAAGUAAGACCAGAUCCAUUAAAGGGUCUUUUUCCAACAAAAAAAUAA